AUGGCAUCGGCAAAAAAGCCCCCGCCUGAACACGUCGCUCCGGGCUUCGCCACGGUACCCUACAAGCGUGCAACAGUCACAGAGGGCGUCAGCCCGAUCACCUUCCUGAGCCGCAAGCCCCGCCCUCGCCGUCCCGAGGACGUGGUGCUCCCUUCUGGUGUCCGUGAAAGCCUGGAGGGACUCACCCACGAGCACCUGGACGUGGGCGGGGGAGUGAGGCUUCACGCCGUCAGCUUCGGCCGCCAGCCCCACAAGCCGCUGAUGCUUUUCCUUCACGGCUUUCCGGAGUGCUGGUACAGCUGGCGGCGGCAGCUGGCGGACUUCCGGUCCGAGUACGACGUAGUGGCGCUGGAUAUGCGAGGUUACGGCUUCUCCGACAAGCCGCUGGGCAUCGCAGCUUACGCCAUGGAGCACUUGUCUUCGGACGUGGCCGGUGCGGUUUCGGCGCUGGGUCGUAGCAGCUGCACGCUAGUGGGCCACGACUGGGGCGGUGCGGUGGCGUGGGCGACUGCAGGGCGCUACCCGGGCCUUGUGGACCGCCUGAUCGUGCUGGCGGCGCCCCACUGGCUGUUGUACAGGCGCAACCUGACCGUCUCCCAAAUGGCGCGUUCCAGCUACUUCCUGAUGUUCCAGAUGCCCAUCCUUCCGGAAUUGGCCCUCACUCACCACGACGGCAAGCUGCUGGAGGACAUGUGGCUGCGUCGCGGCCCGGCUGCCCCGCGCACGCCUGGCCUCGCUGUCAGCCCCGAGGAUGUGGAGGUCUACAAGCGGGAGCUGCUGCAGCCCGGGGCCCCCACCGGCGCGCUCAACUACUACCGGGCGAUGCUGGCUACGGAUGUGGGACUGCUGCCCCUCUCCUCGGAGGUCGACCGGGCGCUGCGGCGGCAGCUAGAGAUCCCCGUGCUGGUGGUGUGGGGUGGCGAGGACCACGCACUCCUCGUGACCAACCUUAUUGGUGUAGCGGAGGUGGCUCCAAAAUCCGAGAUCCAUAUCUUGCCCCACUGCUCCCAUUGGAUUCAGUCCGACCAGCCGCAGGAGCUGCGCCGUGUCAUGGCCGACUGGUUGGCCGCGCACCCCCUGCCGCCGCAGCAGCGGGGCACGCAGCGGAGGUUGCAGGCUACCAAUUCUCCAAUAGUUGCACGACACGCGGUGGCGGGCAUCUUUGCGACGCUGCGAAAGCCGAGCGUCAGCGCGGACGAUCGAGCUGCGGCCAUAACGCUAUGUUUAUCCAGACCUUAUCGGGUUAUCGCCCAGGAGGCUGCUGACCAGCUUAUAUCGCUGGCAUUGACCGGUGUCCUGCCGGCAGCCGAGGCGGCGGAGUUCCUCCUGAGCGCCAUCACCACAGCAGGGCCGGCGACAGCAGGGCCGCUGGCGGAUGCGUUGUGCCGACUGGUGGUGUCGCCAGCUGCCGACCCGCGGGUCGGUGUCGGCACGGCAGAAGGUACCUCCGGUCAGGUGGUGACCGCAGCUCCCCUGCGGCCUCUGCUCCGCCCCAACCGCUGGGCCAGUCACCCCUUGGUGGCGGCGCUGCUGUCGUGCCCCGCAGCCGCCACGCAGCUGCUCAGCAGUGCCAUGGCGGCAGUAGCAGCAGCCGCAGUCGCGGCCGCUUCAGCCGCUGCGGCAGCAGCCGCUGGCGGCGGCGGGGGCGACCGGGGCAUCGCGGCAGCCACAACGCCAGGCGUGGACAUGCACGCUCGGCCAUCCGUGUUGCCGUACAUUACUACGCGGAGCCUUGAUCCUCAACCAGCCCUGCCGCGCCACCCGUCAUCCGCUGCGGAACGAGCCGGCGGCGGCGGCAGCGGCGGUGUCAGCGGCUCCGUCUUCGCCGCCGCCGCCGCCGCCGGCAGUACUUCUUCCGGUUCCGCUCUGGCAUCCGUUGCGCUGUCCGCUUGGCUGCACAGUCAACUUGUACGGCUAGCGGUCGGCGAGCCGUACGGCGCGCCUCGGUGGUUACGGCGGCGGCUGUUGGAGUUCUUGACUGGCCAUCUGGCCCUGAGUCCUCGGGCUGCGGAGGUGGACAGAAUGCGUGCCGUACAAUCCACGACGGACCUGCUGGACAUACUGCAAGCCGUACUGUACGAUAGCGAGGAAGAGGCGCCGGUGGCGGGCAAGAUGCAAGACCGCGGCAGCGGCGCGGAUGCGGAUGCGGCAGCGGCGUCUGUCGCUGCCGUGCUGCUGCAACUGGCGUUUGAGAUCAUGGUGGUUUCUGCCGGCGGCAGCGGCGGCGGCGGCGGCGGCGGCGGCGCUCAGGAAGUUGUAGCUGCGCUGGUGCGAUUGCAGGCGCUGGCGCCGACUGCGCUGCAGGGCCACCUUGCCGCGUUGUCCCUCCUGACCCUCAGCGCGCAUGGAAAGGAGCUCCAGGGGCUGCACCUGCUGCUGCAUAAGGCCCUUCAGCACCACAAUGACCACGACGAAGGCCAAGGACAACAACAGCAGCAACACCAGCACCCUCGCGAAAUGUCAGCAAAGCUCCAAGCCGGCGAUGCGGCAAUGUCUCUGCAACCGCUGCUGGCGGCGGUCGCCUUCGGCACGUCAGCACCAACCGGCGCCGCCAGCGCUGCCGUACCGGCGGCGGCCUGGCCGGCCCACCUGGCGACGGCGCUGCAACGGAUCAUGGAUGACGGCAGCGGCAGCGGCAGCGGCGGCACCCCUGAUAGCGGUAGCGGCAUGAGCUCGGAUCAAUCACACGGUGAUUUAUGUCUACAGCGACAGUGCCGCCUGCUAUUGCUGUCGUUGUGGGCUGGGGCCACUGCUGAGGCGGCUGGGGAAAGCCGCACAGGCGGAUCGAUAUCGUCCCAGCUGCCACCGCCGCCCUGCGAUCUGCUCCGCUGGCUGCGUUCCCUGGAGCUUGCGCUACGACAGCGGAGGCGUGUGGCGGCGGCCGCCAAAGCGGCUUCGGAGCAGCUUCCUUUCGCGACCAAGAUCAGUGACGUGGUUUCGGAAGCAGCGCUCGGCGCAGCAGACGCUCAUCCGGCGCUAACCUGCCUGCUGGCGGCGCUGUUCGUGCACCCCGACCCACGGGUCAUUGCCGCAGCUGCGACCGCUGCUUGCCAGCUCAUCCAGCUUCUGCCAGCGGCGGCGCUGCCGUUACUGCCGCUAGUCAUGUACCAGCUGCGGCGCGGUAGCACCGCCGCCGCCGCCGCCGCCGCCGCCGCCGCCACGGCCGCUAUCGACGGCAGCCGCGCGCAGCUUGCGUUAUUGCAGUUGUUGCCCGUCAUGGCGGCCGAUCCGGCAGUAGCGCCGUACGCGCUGCGGGUGCUGCAGCCCAUGCUACAGCCUGAGAGUCCCGCGGCGUUGCGCUGCCUGGCCCUCAAGCUGCUGUGUGAUACGUGGCUCAUCAGCGGUCGUGGCUGGCCCCUGGUGGAGUCCGCCCUCAACGGACUGACCGCCCCUGGAGCCCGGGAGCCCCCGGCCGCACUGAGGGCUACCCGAGGGGCGCUACUGCGGGCAGUGCGGGCCGCCGCCUACACCGCCAUCAGCCGCUACCCUCUUGACCUGCUGGAGAGGCUGCAGAUCCUGCGGCCUCUGAGCCUCUACACGGCACCGCUGCUUAGUGAGAGUGACCCACGGGUCGGAGAGGCGGCCAGGGAGAUGGCCGCUGUGGCGCUGCGCUUCGAGCACGCCAACCGCCGCAGGCUUCUCCUGACGCAGCCCAUGACGGAUGCCGUACAACAGCCGGAUACCGCCAGCGCCGCAGCCGCGGACGGUACAGACCCAGCUGACGGCAGUGGUCGUGCUGGGGGUACGAGCAAGGGCACCGCGUUCGCCGCCGCCGCCGCCGCGCGGGAGGCUCGGGCGCUGCGCGGACGGCUGUUGGGGCGCAUCCCGAAGGUGCUGCUGGCGGGCAUCGGCGCCAGGCAGCCCGGCGGCGGUGGCGCAGCCGUCGCCCCAAUUGCCGUUUCCGGCGGCAGCUUCCACCCUGGCGCGGCGCUCUUCUGCUACAGCCGCCCGCCGCCGCCGCCGCCGCCACCUGGCGCCAGCGCAGCGGCGGUUGCUGCCGCCGCCAAGCGCGCCGCCGCCGAGGCACGGGAAGCUUACGUUGCGCGGCUUCGCGAUGGGCUGCGGCGGCUCGCCUGGCGGGGCCACUGGCACGCCAGGCUGGCGGUCCAGGCCUGGGCCGCGUUCGUACGGCACUGGUUGCACGACACGGGUUUGACGGCUUCGGAGGCAGCAGGGGUUUUGGUGGGCGAGUGGGAUGGCACAACAACUCCACCUACGGGGGCAGGUGCUGGCGGUGCCGCCUCCACCGCCGCCGCCGCUUCCGGUGUCGCUGCGGCGGUUCUCGAGGGCGUGGGCUUGGCGGCGGGUGCCUUGUGCUUGGCGGCGGAGGGGCUGCCGGAGGCUGAGGUCAGCUCGCUGACGGCGAGGUUGCUGAAGCAGGCUCAGUCCGGGCGCUCCUCGGGUAUUGCUCGUACCUCCCUGCUAGGUGCGGCCCUGGCGGCCAGCAGGCUGCACCCCACGGACUGGGCGACCAGGCUGCAGCCGCUAUCUAGCCAUUAUGAUCUCACCCAGGGGGUACUGGCGGAGCUGCGGACUCAGCUGCUGGCGGGGGCGACGGCACAAUUGAGAGCCGCGGCCGCCACGGCGCUGGCGGCGCUGGCGGGUAGCUUGGCGGCGGAUCCCGCCAUUUACAUACGUACAGACGGGGGAGGCGGUGGCGGUGGCGGCGGCGGCGGCGGUGGCGGUGGCGGCGGUCACUCCAGGGAGCUCCUGGCGGUAGCGGAGGCUGUGUCCUGCCUCACUGCAAGCCUAGGUGCGCUGUGCCCGCGGCUGGCGGCGCCGCUGGCAGCGCUCGCCGCCAGCGGCAUGCCGCCGGACUGGCCGUCCCACGAGGAAGCGUCAUCGUCGUACGGCAAGUUGCCGCGGCCGCUGAAGGACGAGCUGGACGAUCAGGUCCUGCCGGGUACGGCAGUGGCAUUGGUGAGUCUGCUGUGUGACGUCAACCGGGCGCACGGACUGCCGGGGAGUGCGCUGCCUGACCUGCUGGCGGCGUUGUUGUGGGUUGCCGGCGGCGGCGGCGGCGGCAGCGGCGACAGCUUCGGACAUGCCGACGCGGCGGCGGCAGUGGCGGCGCUGGAGGCGGCGGCGCUGCUGGCGCCUGAGGUGGUCCGGUACCAGCAGGGGCUGAUGACAGCGGAUCUGGUUUCGGAACUGAACCUGCUACCACAGCAGCAGCAGCAGCAGCAGCAACAGCCCAACGCAGGAGAUGUGGGUCCGGCGGCCGUCUUUGCGCUGGUUUCGGAACUGGCUGAGCUUGCCGGCGCGGCCAACGGCGGUAGCGGCACCACUUCGUCCGCCGCCGUCGGCAGCAAGGGCCAGCACACGGCAGCGGCGCGCACGGGCGCGGUGGCGGGGCUUGCGGCGCUGCUACUGCCGCCGCCGCCCAGCCUGGUGGACGCGCUGGCGCCCCUUUCCCCCGGCUCCGCCAGUCCGGGUGUGUUCGUGUCGCGGUGUACGUCUCGUACCGUGGUAGCGGGGGGAUGGCGCGGACAGCAGCGUGGCGUGGCGGGGUGGGGUGGGGUGGGGUGGGGUGGUCUCCUGGCGCAACCCGAGCACCUGGCGCCCGCCAAGGCUGCCGUACGAGCGCUGGAGCGACUCGCCCUGGAAGACACCGACCCGUGGGUCAGCUCAGCGGCCUCCUUCCACCUGGCCGCCAUCUCCGCCGCCGUGGAGGCUGCGGAGGAAGGCGGCGAGGACGGCGUGGGUCAGUCAGGCGGCGGUGCUGCGGCAGCGGCUCUGGGCUCACCGGGUUUUGUCGGGGGUGGCUCCGGCGGCGGUCGCGGUGGGGCCGCAGUCGGCGGCGGUGAGGGCGGCCGGGGCGUGGGAGGUGCCGCUGGUCCCAAGCCCCUAAUCAUGUACCCACCGGAGGGGGCAGUACGGCCACUGGUGACGACGCUGAUGGACAGGUCGCGACAGAGCGGCGUGCAUCCGGCCUGUCUCGCGGAAACCCUCCUGGCGUUGGCGGAGGCGCCCGCCCUGCCUGCCGCGGACUGGCCCACGGCGUGUCGUACACUUAUCACCACAGCGUCCUUCGCCGCGAAGGCUUCGCAGACGGCCGCGACCGGCGUGCGACUGCUGUCGGCGACGCUGCUGCUGGCUCUGGCCCACGGGUCGGUUCCCUCCCUUGGGCUGGGCUCCCUGCUCGAGGAGACCGUGGCGCCCGCGCGUUUUGCAGCUCUGCCACCUGCCGUACAAGGCCUUGUGCUAGCACGACUGCCGGCGCUCCUGCGCAGCCUGGCGGCGAAGCGCGCUGCCGCUGUCGUACAGGGGCUUCCUGGACUACUGGCGUCGGCGGCGUCGGCCGCUGCCCCCCGUGUUGGCGUUGGCGCUGGCGUUGGUGCUGACGGCAGCGGCGGCGGCGGCGGCGAUGAGGGAUGUCCAUGGAGCUCUCCGUCUGGACUAGAUGAUCCGGCACUGCAGCUUCUCUGGCUACGGCGAGUCCGGCGGUCGUUGUCGGCCAGCGGUGGCGGUGGCGGUGGCGGUGGCGGUGGCGGUGGCUUCAGAGGGACGCUGUGGCUGGCGGCGCAUUGCUGGUUGGGGCUGCUGGGCGUGUGUCGGGGCUGGCAGGCGAAGGAUAUGGCCCUUACGCACAGGGACGUCACCCAGGCGGUCCACACCGCAAUCGCCGCGUUGGCGUCGCAGCUGCCCCCCCUCCCGCCGCUGCAACCCGGGGAGGCGGUGCAGCUGAUGGCAUGGGCCGGGGCGACCCACGGCGCCGGCGGCAGCGGCGGCGGCAGCGGCGGCGGCAGCGGCGCUGCCGCGGCCGGAGGCGGCGGCGUCGACGAUUGGGAUUCUUCCGGGUCGGCUGGGCGGCCGCCAUUGGCGGGGGGAGAUGGCGGCGGCUCCGCUGCCGCGGAGGCGCGAGCCGCCGUGACGCUCUGGUCCCUGGCGGCGUGCUGUUUGCGGUGCCUGCGGCCUGAGUUCCUGACGGCGCAGGUGUUGACGGAGGCGUCGGUUCCGCUGGCGGGGGCCGUGGCGCUGCCGUCGCCGCGAGCGCUGGCGUCGCUUCAGCUUCGUUGCGUGCUGGUGGCGUCGGGCCACGUCAGCUACAGGGAGUUGAUGCCAGUGCGUACGGCAGCGGCGGCGGCGGCUAUGUCAGCGGCGGGUCAUGCGUACGGCGAUCCGCUGCUUGCUCCGCUGAGCCUGGCUCUGGCAGGCACGCCGCAAGCUUUCCAGGUGCAGGUGCUGCUGCAGACUCUGGACGCGGCCCACUCGGCAGCUCAGCCUGGGCCUCCCCUGGAGCUUGCGGCCGCCCUCGUGGCCGUGUGCCUGAGCUACGCCGCCGGCACCGGCGCCGCCACCGCGCCGGAGCUGUGCGUGGCGCUGUCGUCGCGCCGUGCCGCCUUGGAUUGUCUGCCGUACACGCUGCCGCGGCUGCUUUCCCGGGCACCUUGGAGCUCGUCCUGCGAGGCGGUUGCCCAGGCGCUGCUGGCGGUGGCGCGGGAGGGGCUUCGGCGGGAGGGGGACCUUGCCAAGAAUGGAGGUCGUGAACUUGCUAGCUACGAAAAUCAGGCCACGCGUGAGGUGGAGGGGUUAGUCUUUAAGCUUGCAAACAAUGUAUCGCAACUUCGAAAAUUGGUCGACAAAUUGGGGACUGCAAAGGACACGCUGGACCACCGACACGCCAUUGCGGAUGUGAACAUCACGAUUCAGGAGUUGGCCAAGAGCAUCAAGGAAAAGCUCACGGACUAUAAAGCCGUUCAGCGGGCGGCGGCUGAGCGGGAGGCGGCCUCUCUGCCCCGCCAGCAGCCCACCGCCUCCAGGAGGGGCCCCGCGGCAGGGACCUCGACGGAGGAGGGCUCCAUGCGGACGCCCCUCCUGGGCCCGGAUGGCGGGGUGGGGCCGGGAGCCGAAUCCGCAUUUCGGGAGGAUGACAUCGAGGCGGCGGUACGGAAACAGGCGCAGCAGCAAAUGGAGGUGUCGGCUCUGGAGGAUUCGGUCCGCUACCACGAGGCGCUGAUUUCGGAGCGAGAUGCGGGUAUUCGUGAGAUCCAGCGGCAGAUUGUCGAGGUUAAUGAGCUCUUCCAGGACCUGGCAGUGCUCAUUGCAGACCAGCUGCCCCCUCGCAUCGGGGCCACCUGCCCCAGCCCCCCUUGUGGCGAUCAGCUCCAAACGGUGGACGAGCACAUCACCAGUGUGGCCGAGCGAGUCAAGGACGGGCAGCGGGAGCUGGUGGCGGCUUCACGCAGCAGCCGGGCAGUACGGAACAAGUGCUUGUGGCUGUGGCUGGUGGCGGCGGUGAUCGUGUCGGUGCUGCUCAUCAUUCUGCUCACGUGA